AGGGCUGGGGUCAUUAGUUGUUCAGAGGUCGAUAGAGCUCUGUUGAGGGAGACGACGCUUCGAUCUGACGAAUCUACCUGUGAGUGAAGCCAUAAAUGAGCGAUAUAGAAGGUUGUGUCUUGAUCAUCGUGCGACUUAAUGAUACGAAGUGAAGGUUAAAGUUGAAAGAUCAAAGGACUUGCACAUUGAGGCUGAUACGAAUGUGAGUAUUGUGGUUCACAAUUGGAUGAUUAGUAGCUAGCUGGCAAAUUGUAUGUUUACCUAGCUGUGUUAGCGUGUGCGUUUGCAUUUAGCACUCUUCAAAACAGAAAAUAGCGUGUCGAUUAGGGUGCACUUAGCUAGUGGAUGCCUUGACUACACGCUAAAACCGUGAAGGGCAUGGCUACCCGCUCAUCUACCUUGAGGAUAGGAGUGGUGGGUUAUGGACAUUUAGGGCAGUACCUAGUGGAGAGGAUCAUAAAAGAUGGAGCUGGCCUGGGUCUUACUCUGGCGUUUGCUUGGAAUCGAAACCCUCACAAGCUAAAGGGUUUAGUUCCUGACCACCUAAUACUUGAAGACCUAUCUGCUUUUAAAACCAGGGUAUGCGAGGUGAUCGUAGAGGUGUGCCAUCCUCAGAUCGUCAAGGACUUUGGUGUUCAGUUUCUCUCUCAUGCACACUUCCUGGUAGGCUCUCCCUCGGCACUCUGUGACCCCGAGCUGAACCAGCAACUCCGGCAAGCGGCCAGUCUUCACGGCAACACGCUCUACGUCCCCAGUGGUGCAUUGUGGGGAGGCCAGGACAUCCAGAGGCUUGACGACAGCGGGGCACUCACAGGUGUGUUCGUAAGGAUGUCCAAACACCCCUCCUGCUUCAGGCUCACAGAGGACACGCUCUCUGAUUGGACUGAGGGCGAGGGGAGGCGGGUCUUAUUCAGGGGCUCUGUGGCUGAGCUGUGCCCAUUGGCCCCCAACAACGUGAACACCAUGGCAGCGGUUGCUGUGGCAGCAGGAACCCUGGGCUUUCCUGGGGUUAUCGGGGAGAUUGUGUCGGAUACAGCGCUGAGGGACUACCACGUGGUGGAGGUGGAGGUGAGUGGAGCCCAUGGCUUCUCGGUCCACACGGUGAGGAGGAACCCUGCCCAGCUGGGAGCCGUGACCGGCAGCGCCACCUACAACUCUUUCUGGCACAGUCUACUGGGUGAGCUGAACGCGCUGGGGACCCCGCUCUUAUCACAGUCUACUGGUUUGUAAAGGGCACGGUGGGAAGGUGCACUUGUGCUGAUGGCUGUCUUCACCCUCAAAUGGAGGGAUCAAAAGUUGUGAGGAAUGUACCCAAGUAUCUGCUACCACAUUAAUUCCACACUUUCCAUGUAAUCAAGCACAUAUAAGUGAAAUCCUAGAUUUUUUAUAAUACGUGUGGAAGUCGGAUAUUGUUGCCAACUUGCAAACCUGAAUCUCUUGUCAUUAAAAACCCAUUUCAAAACAAAAGGAGAAGAGAGCGUUGUUUGUAGUAAACAUAUAGUGUACAUAGACUUUAUUUGUAUUUAUCUGGUACAAUAGGUCAACAAAAGACAACACUAACAAUAUUCCCUCAAUAACAGACAAUAACACAUAUACUUAAAAACGUACCACAGCGUCACUUAAGCCUUCGCUGUUAUGAUAGUCCAUUCAAAACCACCUUUUUUAGACCAGACCACUGUAUAACCUGCACAAAGGAACGCUCCUCAUCUUUCCUUCAUCAUUAAUAAAUACUGACUGGCCAGUUUACAGCUAUACUGUCACCCGCUCAGACGGACAUGAGUGUGGUUAUCACAAGGCCCCGUUACCAAAAGGCUAACAAAUAAACAAACACACAGUGCUGAGAUCUUAAUGUAGAAGAGAUUCAUACAGCAUGGGGUUCUGAGGCAGUAUGUGAUAGUGAGAGUGUGGUGUGUGAUGUGUGUGUGUGUGUA